CUCGGGCUCUAGCAAUGGCGGGGGCUUCAUCGAGGACUCACCCUCCGAGGGGGCGGAAGAGGGUGGGGGCCGAGACUAAUACGCUGAAGCGCGCCAGGGAUGGAAGCGCGUUCACCAGAUGUGAAGCGUGUAACAAAGAUGUUCCAGUGGUUCUCAUUGACAUGCAUAUCUGCAGCCUUGAUUCUAAGAUCAGAACGAGCUUAGAGGCUCAGGUAGUGGAGAAAGUAGCUGAGGCUAACAAGCCUGCAGAAAGGAAGAGGGCGGCGUCAUCUGAUCAGAAGGAAAGAAAGGGCAAGAAAGGCAAGAAAUUUAAGGAUCCCACAGCACCUAAACGCCCUCCCACUGCCUUCUUCCUCUUCAUGGAUGACUUCAGGAAAUCAUAUAAAGAAGCCCAUCCCGAUUCCAAGAGUGUUUCUAUGGUUGCAAAGGACGGUGGUGAGAAGUGGAGAUCCAUGAGCGAUGAGGAGAAGAAGCCGUAUGUGGACAAAGCAGCAGAGCUGAAAGCAGAGUACGAGAAAGAAGUGGCGAAAUUAAAUGAAGAAAAUGAGGAAGAGAAGAAAGAAGAAAAAGAGGAAUCUGAGAAGGAAGAAGAGUGAGAAGCAGAGGAUUUUGAUUCUGGCAGGGUCUUAGUGAGAAUAGCUUCUUUGUUUUCUACCUGUAAAUUUUGAUGAGUUUCUUUGCUUGCAUGGAGGGGCUUUGUCCCUUUAAAGUUGCUUACUUUUCAGUGAGCAAAUUUUGAAGCUAUUCUAAGUUGUUAGCCUUUCAUUUGGAUGGUAUCAGCAAUAGUAUUCCACAGUGUAUACAUCUCAGCUUUUUUCCAACCUAUCCUAUAGCAAUAUUCUGUGUCACAGGCUAAACUUGUUCUAGAUUUUGUCCCAUGUUGAUACAUUGCUAUCCUUGGUUCUAUCUGUGCUGUUGUGUUGUGCACUGCAACUUGUACAGCAUUGAUGCUGCAUCCAGGAUAUGGCAACCGUUGAUGAA